UAGUCCAGGGAAUCAUAUCUCACUCAAACUUUUGUUUCGCUCGCUCUUUCACCUUCACCUUCACCCGCGUCUUUACUAAGCCAGAUCUUCACACCAUUAUUUAUUCUUUUCUCCCACUUGUUCCUUGUUUAUAUUUACAUCACCUAACCCUUAGAUUGAGUGGUGCCUCUUGUCUUUUCUUUUUCGCUUUCUAUCUUUCAUUUUUAUUUUGAUUAUGGCGGAAACUGGUUCUGAUCUGCCUGUCAAGAGACCUAGAGAUGACGAACAAGAGAUUAAUGGUUCCAUUUCCAUGGAGACUGAGUCUACUCAUAUCUCCUCUGUUAUUCCUGGCUGGUUUUCUGAGAUCAGCCCAAUGUGGCCUGGUGAGGCACAUUCCUUAAAGGUUGAAAAAAUCUUAUUUGAGGGGAAGUCUGAUUUCCAGAAUGUCCUCGUCUUUCAGUCAUCAACAUAUGGAAAGGUUCUGGUUCUGGAUGGGGUGAUUCAGCUCACUGAGAGAGAUGAAUGUGCAUACCAAGAAAUGAUCACCCACCUUCCACUUUGCUCAAUUCCAAACCCAAAAAAGGUUCUGGUUAUUGGUGGAGGAGAUGGUGGAGUGUUGCGGGAAGUGGCUCGCCAUUCAUCUGUUGAGCAGAUCGAUAUCUGUGAAAUCGAUAAAAUGGUUGUUGAUGUCUCUAAACAAUUUUUCCCUGAGGUAGCUGUUGGGUAUGAGGAUCCCCGUGUGAAACUUCAUAUUGGUGACGGAGUUGCCUUUUUGAAGGCUGUUCCUGCUGGAACUUAUGAUGCAAUCAUCGUGGAUUCAUCGGACCCGAUAGGUCCAGCACAAGAGCUCUUUGAGAAGCCAUUUUUCGAGACUGUUUCUAAGGCUCUUCGUCCUGGAGGAGUUGUGAGUACUCAGGCAGAAAGCAUCUGGCUUCACAUGCACAUUAUCGAGGACAUUGUUGCAAACUGCCGCCAGAUCUUUAAAGGCUCAGUCAAUUAUGCAUGGACCACAGUUCCCACUUAUCCAAGUGGGGUGAUUGGUUUCAUGCUUUGCUCAACCGAGGGACCCUCUGUUGAUUUCAAGCACCCAGUGAACCCAAUAGACGCUGAUAAAAAUCCCAGCAAAUCAAGAGGACCCUUGAAAUUCUACAAUUCAGAGAUUCAUACAGCAGCAUUCUGUUUGCCAACUUUUGCGAAGAAGGUGAUUGAUUCCAAAUGAAUACAAAAACUGCAAUAGCAUUGAAGCAGGAGUCAGCUUCUGCACUGGUAGAAAUUUAUCCAUUUUGCCAUGAGAAACGGAAUAAGCUGAGGUUUAAAUUGAUGUCUUGAGUAUCUUUGAUUGGGUAGAGUUAGUGAUAUUAUUGUUGGUGAAUUUUAUUAGUGCUAGUGAUCUUCUAUUUGAAAAAAAAAAAAAAAAAAAAAAAAUGGCUGUUCUUUAAUGCAUUUUUGAAUUGCAUUCACA